AUGAAAAUUUACGCCAAACGCAGCAUAAUUGGAGCACAGUUUUUGUUGGCGAUGAGAGCGCGAAGCUCGCGGCGAGCUCGCUCGAUCUCCUUCAGGUACUCCGAGUCGACGAUAACCUUGGCCAUGGCGAGAAGCUCUGAAAAUGGGGAUGGCAACCAAUGGGCUUGGAAAAUGAGCCCAGCUAUGAGAUGGAUCAGGGAUAAGGCCGAUUCUAGUGGAGGUGCUAAGUACCUCCACAUGAAUCCUGUCUUUCACUGGAGGUUCUUCAAGCAUGAAUGUGAACUCCUCUUCCCAUCUCGGGUCUCGAUUUUUCUUUACUUGCUUUUUACGCUCCUCCCCUUUAAAUAUGAUGCGAACAUACGGGUUAGUGUGAUGUUUCCCUUCAACAUCUUGAGCUUCAUGAACAAUGAUGACCAAUACACCUCCACCGGCUGGGGUGCCCUCGGGAGCCUUUUGUACCUCGCCUGCAUUUUCAAAAUCCUUUGGAAUAUCCUCCUCUUUGAAGGGCUUAUAUGUCAACUCCAGCUCAAUCUGCCCACGCAUUUUGUCAUUUUGGACAUCGUUCGGGUCCAU